AUGGCCUGUGACCUGUGCAGCAAGAGCUUUGUCCGUGCCCGCGAUUUCCGCGUCCAUAUGAAGGGCUCGGCCCAUGCCGCCGCUCUCGCCGCCGCUGACGAGCGGGCGGCGCUGCGUGCAGCCGCUGCUGCUGCUCUCGCCCGCAAGACCAAGCUCCGCGAGCAGCUCACCGAUGUCGCUCGUCACUACACCACCCGGCUGCAUCGCGGGCUAGUCUCGGUGCCAAGCGAGUCGCCCGCGGCCGCCGAUGGGCUCGCCGCCGCAGUCGCCUCCCACUACGCCACCUCGCGCCCGCGCAAGCACAUCCUCCGCCUCCGCAAGGCUCUCCUCGGUCUCGCCGUCGAAACCGUCGCCAUCCUGUUUCCGGCGGCGGAACUCGAAGUUUAUGGCUCGAUCCCGCUGCGGCUCGACUCGGAGUCGUCCGACAUCGACGUCUCGAUCAUCUCGGACGAGGACGAGACGCUCCUGCUUAGCACCAUUGCCGACGGCGUCGAAGCUCUCGGCCUGUCGAGUGUGACGGUCGCCCGGACGCUCACCGCCCGCAUCCCGCUCAUCACCAUUGCAGACUCGCUCUCGAGCCUCGAGCUCGACCUCUCAAUCUGGAAGCUGGACAAGCUCGAGAUCAACAAGGUCUUUACCACGUAUCUCAGCCUCGAUGCCCGCAUUCCGCCGCUGCUCUUUGCCAUCCGGUCUUGGGCCAAGGCGAGGAACAUCAACAACGCCUACACCGGAACCAUCAACUCGUUCGGCCUCACUGUUCUUGGCAUCGCCUUUCUCCAAUCCUCGGGCGUUGUGCCGGUCAUCGAGGAGCUGCCAGAGGUUGAGGCUGAGCUGGCGACUGCCGCCGCCGCCGGUCCGGUCGCCAACGCCUCGCACGAGCGCAUUGCUGCAGCCGACCACGCCUCGGCUGCCACGCCAGCUGCCGAUGAAGACCUCGGCAGCAUGCUCGUCGCCUUCUUCGAGUGGCUCGCGGCAUUUGACUACGACGCGCAUCGCAUCUCCAUCCGCCACGGCGGCGUGACGUCCAAGGAGGCCCACAAGUUUGAUGACGACACUGUGUUUGUCAUCGAGCGCCCGCGGACGCCGUACCAAAACGUCACCCGCCAGGUCUCGCCCGAUUCGCUCCGGCGCCUUGUCUACGAGUUCCGUCGAGCCCGUGACAUACUCUCGGCCGGCGGCUCGCUCGUGCAGCUGCUCGCAUCGGACUGAGGAGGCCAGCGACAGCGCAAGAACGGACGGAGGAGUCAAACCGCGUUCGAGGGGCCGGGCGCGCCGGACAAACUGCUGGAGGAUGACGCCGAAGCCGACGCCGACGUCAGCGCAGCGUCUGUGGCUUCGGCCUCGGGCUCGUGCGCAAGCUGCGCCUCGAUCCCGUUGGGGAUGUUGGCCUUGCAGAGCGG